UUUUGAAGGCACAGUGCGCAUGCGUCAGUUGUGUACAGACGCAGCUAGCAGGUAUCGUUAGCUAAACAUCAAAGAGCGAUGGCGUCUGCUGCGAUGGACACCACGUAAAUACAACAGCAGCGUGCGGUACGGUCGGUGUGUGUUCGUGCGUCAGUGACGGUCCUUUGUUGAGGCAGACGAAGAGAAGAAAAGUGAGCCGUCAUGGCGACUGGGAGCGGCGGCAGCGUCGGUGGCAGCUUAGCGUCAAACCAUGACGGUCAGGAGGCAGCAUCCAACUCGGCUCAGCCGGGAGCCGCAGCGGUGCUGUCCAACGUGCAGCAGCCAGCCUCCGGCCCUGCCCGGUCCGCCUCCCCGCCCGUCCUCGGCCUGCAGCGGGAACCCAUGUACAACUGGCAGGCGACGAAGAGCUCCCUGAAGGAGCGCUUCGCCUUCCUCUUCAACAACGAGCUGCUCAGCGACGUCAGGUUCAUAGUCGGGAAGGGCAGACAGGCCCAGAGGAUACCGGCCCAUAAAUUCGUCCUGGCCGCGGGCAGCGCCGUGUUUGAUGCCAUGUUCAACGGAGGCAUGGCCACCACCUCCACGGAGAUAGAGCUGCCCGACGUGGAGCCGGCAGCCUUCCUCGCCCUGCUCAGGUUCCUGUACUCUGACGAGGUCCACAUCGGUCCGGAGACUGUGAUGACGACUCUGUACACGGCGAAGAAGUACGCCGUCCCGGCUCUGGAGGGUCACUGUGUUGAGUUCCUCACCAAGCACCUCAGAGCCGACAACGCUUUCAUGCUCCUCACUCAGGCAAGAUUAUUCGAUGAGCCUCAGCUUGCCAGUCUCUGCUUAGACACUAUAGACAAAAGCACUGCAGACGCAAUAAACGCAGAGGGCUUCACAGACAUUGACCUCGACACCUUAUGUGCAGUGCUGCAAAGAGACACACUCAGCAUCAGGGAGAACCGCCUGUUCGGGGCGGUGGUACGCUGGGCGGAGGCCGAGUGUUACAGACAACAGCUUCCCCCGACCUCGGAGAACAAACAGAAGGUUCUGGGUAAAGCCCUCCCGCUCAUCCGCUUCCCGCUCAUGACAGUUGAGGAGUUCGCUGCAGGGCCUGCCCAGUCUGGAAUAUUGUUCGAUCGGGAGGUGGUAAAUCUGUUUUUACACUUUACAGUAAACCCCAAACCACGGGUCGACUACAUUGACAGGCCCCGCUGCUGCCUCAGGGGGGAGGAGUGCAGCAUUAAUAGAUUCCAGCAGGUUGAGAGUCGAUGGGGGUACAGUGGUACCAGCGACAGAAUCAGAUUCAAUGUUAACAAAAGAAUAUCCAUAGUGGGUUUUGGCUUGUAUGGUUCAAUACACGGGCCCACUGACUAUCAGGUCAACAUACAGAUCUUAGAGAGCGACAAACGCAUCACACUGGGUCAGAACGACACGGGAUUCAGCUGCGACGGCACCGCAAACACAUUCAGAGUGAUGUUCAAGGAGCCUGUGGAAAUCUUACCCAGUGUCAGUUACACUGCAUGUGCCACCUUAAAGGGCCCAGACUCCCAUUACGGCACAAAAGGGCUGAAGAAAGUGACCCAGGAAUCGGCAACGGGGACCAAGACGACGUUUUUCUUUUUUAGCUCACCUGGAAAUAACAACGGUACGUCAGUGGAGGACGGCCAGAUACCAGAGAUCAUCUACUACACCUGAACUGAACACGGUGUCAUGCAGGUACACUGAACCAGGGACACCUCAGACUGCUGGGAAGACUGGACUGCUGGAGAUAUACGUAGUGCCUCAUGAUCCCUCGGAAUAAAGAGUGUGUGUGUGUGUGUGUCUGUGUGCUGGAUGUGUGUAUCUGUAUAUAGAAUAGUUGUGUACAGACAUGAUCAGGAAUGUGUGAGCAGGUCGGGGUCGUGGGAGCGUCACAGCUCUGGUGUGAAACUAGUUAACUGGGCAUAAACUCCAGCAUCAGUUGUGAUCUGGUGUCGUGUCUGCGUGUCGAUAUCAGCCGGCUGCCGGCGGCGCAGGAGUUUAUCCUCGAUGCCAUUUCACUUCGUUAGCUGACAGUUUUUGCUGAUACAUAAACUGACAGUAUAAUAUUUGCAUACUUUUUUUUUUUUUUUAAAUUGUGCACUGUUAUCAUUUAUUCAGCAGGUGUCUUUACGAGUACUUUUGUUUUUUUUGUUUGUUGUUUUGUUUUUUUUUGGCAUCGUAUUAAAGAUCCAUGUGUGUCAUGUAACUUUUUGCCAGUGGUACAUGUUGUAACUUAUGACUUCAUGUUUGCUCUGCACGUCAUUAAAAUGUAAACAAAACAGAAACAACGUUCCAGGACUUCAUGGUGAAAUAAAUGAAAAUAAAAAACGUCUAUUUUGA